AUGCCCGUGCAGGAGCGCAGAGAAAGCGUGCAGCCCUUCGACUGGGCAAAGCAGUGGUACCCACUGGCCUACGUGGAGGAUUUGGACGUGAAGGUGCCCCACCCAUUGGAGCUACUAAGCCAGCGCCUGGCAAAGGGACGCAGGACGCUUGUACCUGCCCAUGGGAUUGCAGCGGGAACUGCUGUGCUGGCACCGCAGCAGGGACAGGGUUUCUUUGCCGCUGGGGAACAGGAGCAGAUAAAAAGCGAGCAGCCCUUUGACUGGGCUAAACAAUGGUAUCCCUUGGGAUUCCUUGAGGAUUUGGACCCAAAGGUGCCCCAUCCUGUUGAGUUGCUGAGCCAGCGCCUGGUGCUCUGGUGUGAUGGCCAGGGCCAAUGGCGCUGCUUCCAGGACAAGUGCCCCCAUCGGCUAGCCCCCUUGUCAGAGGGGCGCAUAGAGCCGUCGGAUGGGACGCUGAUGUGUUCGUACCACGGCUGGCGCUUUGAUGGGGAGGGCAAGUGCACGGACAUCCCCCAGUCGCUGGAUGCCAAGGCCAACGCAUCGGCCUGCGCCAACCCCCGCUCAUGCGCCAUCAGCCACCCAACCCAGGUGCUGCAAGGCAAGGUGUGGGUGUAUGGCGAGGGCGGCCCGCGCACAUUCAUCGACAGCGCAGCCGUACAGCCGGCGCGCGCGCCAAACUUGGCUGUUGGAGAAUCUGUGCGUGAAGCUGGUGGCGGGGAGGCGCUCCGUCUUGUGCAGCCGUAUACGAGAGACUUCCCAUACGCUUGGGACGUGCUGGCUGAGAACCUGCUGGACCCCUCGCAUGUCAACUUUUCACACCAUGGCAUCAUCGGCGACCGGGACAAAGAGGACUCGGGGCUGACCAGGAUAAGUCCGGGGCCGGAGCCGGCCGCGGCGCCGUCGGCGCAGGACACGAUCAGCAUGGAGGUCGAGACCUGGGUUCGCCAGGCGCGCAAAGUUGACAAGUGGGGUGUACAGUUCAUCGCCCCCUGCCUCAUCCAGUGGAAGUUCCGCCUCCCCUGGGGGAACACAAAUACUCUCAAUUUCUACAUGAUACCCACAGCGCCGGGGAAGAGCCGGUUCAUGCUGGACUCGUACACCCAGAAGGAGGGAAUGCCCCUGCCUGUCCUUCUGAUCCUCAAAUACUUUGCCAUCCCCUGGCUUCCCCAUCUGCGGAUGUCCAACCGCAUCCUGGACGGAGACACUGCCCUACUGCACUGGCAGGGCCAUUCAGUUGCUAGAGAGGCAAAGGAGGAAGGCAGGACUUGGCGGCAGGCCUACUUCAUGCCGACACCAGCAGACAGGUAUGUGGCGAAGUUUCGGCAGUGGCUUGAUGAGAGAGCGGGCGGUGGGCCGACCCCAUAUGACCCCAGUCACCCCCUGCCACCCCUGGAGACCUCCAAGGAAACCAUCUUGGACCGAUGGAACUCUCACACCAUGCACUGCAAAGCCUGCCAACAGGGCUUCAGGAUCGUGCAGGCUGCGCAGAUUGCUGCAGCUGUGCUGGGUGCGCUUUGCAUGCUGGGCCUCAGCGCAGUGCUCGGUCAGGGAAGGCCCCUGCUGUCCAGACUUCCUGCCCUGCUGGGUGCAGGAGCAAUUGUAUGCGCAGUCGCAUGGCGGCUGCUGAAGUCGUUUAAGCAGAAUUUCAUCUUUGUAGACUACAACCACAGCCAUCAGCACUGAAGUUCUAUACUGUAAUUGUGGUCUCUCAUCAUAUUCUUGGUAUUCGCGAGAUAUACACCGAUCUGUUCAGGUUUCGUUGAUAGAAAUCACGAUUAGUUCGCCAUUUUUGGUCUAGUAUCAACCUUUGUGAAUAUUCUGGUAUUGAUGAAUUCUUUGUACUAGUAAUAAAGUUAUCAUGUAUGAUGUGUGAUACAUUGCCUACUGUGCAAAAGUGUAAGAUCCAGGUCAAGAAUC